AACAAUUAUAUAGUAGAUUACUUGCAUUUGUAAAUAUUAAAAAAAAGAAUAUAAUAAGUAUUAUCAAAACGUCUCAAAUUGUAAUUCUUUUGUUAAUAUAAAAACAUUCUAUCAUGUGGUGAGAUCGCUUAGCUAUAAAGUAGAUCAUGAACCAAAAUGAAGAGGAAAUACGUAGCGCUGCAGAAAUAUUGAUAAAUAAUAGUCACCCAAUGUCAUUUCAUGGUGGUGUUGGCGGUACAAUGCCGCCUCCAUUCGAUAUAACGCGUACACAUUCCAAUUAUUUUAUAUCAGAAGAUAUCCUGGGUGGAUAUAUGCAAGAUGGUCGUAUGUCUGUGGUUCGGCGAUUUUUCUGUUUAUUUGUAACUUUUGAUUUAUUUUUCGUUUCAUUGCUAUGGCUUAUUUGUAUUGUGAUUAAUGGCAAUAACAUAUUUCAAGCUUUUGAAAAGGAAAUUUUGCAUUAUACAAUAUAUAAGUCUUUAUUUGAUGUAGUAGUAGCGUCUAUAUGUAGGUUCAUAGUCUUAAUAUUCUUUUACGGUCUAUUGUAUAUAAAUCAUUGGAUAAUUAUAGCUUUAUCAACUAGUGGUUCUUGUUUAUUUUUAAUAUCUAAAGUUUUUGUAUUUGAUUGGGUUGAGUCCAGUCAGCAAGUUUUCGAAGUAAUUUUGAUAAUAACAUCAUUUGUAUUGGCCUGGGGUGAAGCAUGGUUUUUGGAUUGUCGUGUGUUUCCGCAAGAGAGGCAUGCUCGACACUAUUUCUCUAGCUCAGCAACAACGGAUCGCACUCCAUUAAUGGCACCCUUUCUAGCGUCACAAGCUGAUAAUCGUCCACCGGAAAGUGUAGCUAAUUUUUAUUCACCUUUAGAUUAUACAACACACAAUAGCGAUGAUGAAGAAGAGGACAACGAAUUUCAUCAAAUGGGUUUAGAUUGCCUGCGUAAGGUGUAUGAGUUACUAGAGUCAUCAGAAUGGAAAUGUGAAAAAGUCAAUAAAAAAGGUGAUACGAUAAAAAGUACACAACGGGAUAAAUUGGGUAAAAUAUAUAGAUUAACAGCACGUAUUAAAUAUCCCCCUAAGGCAUUAUUAGAAGAACUUUUUUAUAAAAUUGAGGAUGUACCAAAGUGGAAUCCAACGUUGUUAGAAUCCAAAAUUAUACGAAAAAUAAAUUCAUACACGGAUAUAACGUAUCAGGCUAGUGUUGGCGGUGGUGCGGGCCUUGUUAAAAGUCGGGAUUUCGUGAAUUUGCGAUGCUGGCGUUUCUUUCGUAAUGGCAAAAUAAGUGAUGAUGAUGACGAUAAGUAUAGUGAUGAUGAAACACUUAAUCGAUCCUUUGGUGGUAGUGUAUCCACAAUAUCUGAUGGAGACUCCACACCACAUGUGGGUAGUGUAGGCAGUAAUCGUGAAAAGUUUUCAAUGAGUAACUCUGAUGCGCGGUUACCUGUAGACUGUGCAGGAACGAACGGUGCAUUUCAAACACUCAGUAAAAGUUUAGGUGCAAAAGAUUUUAAUCCUAUAGUAUCCCAUAUAAAUUUCGAUGAACCUCCACCUGAUGAAGAAUAUGUAGAUGCAAAAGAUAACUUAGAUGAAGAAUCUGCGGACAAAAAAACUAAACCGUUAAAUGUGGCUGAUAUAAAAGUAUCAACAGAUAAAGCAUGGAUAAGUGCUGCGAUUAGUGUUGAAUAUGCUAAAGUACCACCAACAACGAAAUAUAUAAGAGGUGAAAAUCUUAUUACUGGCUUUGUAUUGCGUGAAAUUGAAGGUAAAGCUGAUGCCUGUAUAUUUGAGUGGAUACUUUGUUUAAAUUUAAAAGGUUAUGUACCGCGCUAUGUACUUGAUACUGCCUAUACAACAUUCAUGACAGAUUAUAUGACGCAUUUACGUAAAUAUGUGAAUGAACUGCGGCAAAAACGCAAAGGAGUGCCUAAAAACUAAUUCUUUUAAGUAUAGCUUUAAGUAACUACGACUUUAUUAAUAUUGAUCUUUGUUUAGGUAUUGUCACAAACACUUUGCUAAUAUAUAUUCAAAUAAUAAAUAAUUUUUGUUUAUUGAAUAAUUAAACU